UUUACUGCACCAGGAUGUAGAUCUGGUUUGCAUCAACAUUCCCCCACCACUCACGCGACAAAUAGCUGUGAAGGCUCUAGGUAUGGUGUUUUUCCCAUAGCCAGUUUUGGGCAUUGUAUAAGAUUUCAGUUUUCUCUUGGGUAGAAGCCAACUGGAAGACGGUCACGGUUGUUGAGUGAUUAAGAGCAGAAAAUUGAACGUUUCAUCCUGGAACAAAUUGUAUCAGGGAACUGGGAAUUCUGUUGUUUAAAAAAAAUCUCAUACCUGGUGAAUUUUCAGUUGGUAAAGUUAAAGGCCUGGUGUUUGCUUCUAACCACAAACUUGGAGGGCUAUUGUUACUCCAAAAAGAACAGACCCCAUGAAUUUCCCAUAGGAAAAAUGGUCAUACCACUGCAUGCCUUGCAAAUAAAUAGAUCAUGGGGAACAUACAGGAAAAAAAAUUAUGCGUAGAACAUUUCCUGCAGAGGCUCGGAUCCACAUAUGGAAUUGGAAAGAACGUAAUCUGUGAGAAAGCCGCUACCUCUCUUGAUGCUUUUAGGAUGGUCACGGCUGCUAGGUAUUACCCCAAGCUCAUGAGCAUCGUGGGCAAUGCCCUGCGCUUUCUACCCGCCUUUGUCAGAAUGAAACAAUUACUCGACGAGCACUAUGUCGGCAGCAUCCUGGUCUGUGACGUGCGUGUGUACUGGGGGAGCCUCCUCAGCCAGAAAUACAACUGGAUUUGCGAUGAGCUGAUGGGUGGGGGCGGCCUUCACACGAUGGGCACCUACAUCAUAGACUUGCUGACCCACCUCACAAGCCAGAAGGCCGAGAAGGUCCACGGGCUGCUGAAAACCUUUGUCAAGCAGAACUCAGCCAUCAGCGGCAUCCGUCACGUCACCAGUGACGACUUCUGCUUCUUCCAGAUGCUGAUGACCGGCGGCAUCUGCAGCACCGUGACUCUGAACUUCAACAUGCCCGGGUCCUUCGUUCACGAGGUCAUGAUCGUAGGCUCCGCGGGCCGUCUUGUCGCUCGCGGGAUGGACUUGUACGGCCAGAAGAACGCAGCGGCCCAGGAGGAGCUGCUGUUGAAAGACUCCCUGAAUGUCCACGCGGAGCUUUCCGAGAAGGAAUUUGAAGACAUCCCUCUUCUGUACCUCAAAGGGAUGGUCUAUCUGGUGCAAGCGCUCCGCCUUUCCUUCCAGGAUCAGGAAGACCAGCGGACCUGGGAUCCCAAACCGGUGGCCAUGGCCGCUUCCUUUGAAGACGGACUCUACAUGCAAAGUGUCGUAGAUGCCAUUAAAAGGUCCAGCAGGUCUGGGGAAUGGGAAACAGUGGAGGAGAUGGUGGAAGAGCCUGAUGCCAAUCAGAACCUUUGUGAGGCGCUGCAGAGAAAUAACUUAUAAUGCAGAUAUUCCUGCAAAACAGAACAAUUGGAAACAGAAGUGGGGUGGAAUGGAAGCAGAGGAAAGGGAGAAGGGUAUCUGUGUGUGAAGGGUUUUUAAUCCGGGAGAAUUUUAAAUGUGGCAGGUGUACGUGUCUUUGGUUACUUAAAUUUAAUAACUUGUGUAUUGUUAUGAAAACUUGAAUUGCCAGUUGCACUCAGCGGACAAGGGCUCUGACCCCCACCCCCAAUUCCCAAACAAGAGCUUUUGGGAUGCAAAACUCUCUUCUCCGCCCAGCUCACGUAUUAAUGCAAGUUGAACAUAAUUGGCAUGUAGUGCUUGAGAACGCCGAUCGUUGUUUUUAAAAUAGGAAUUGGAAGUUGUUGGGUUUUUUUUACAGCUCUUUUGAAUGGGAAACAGCUUCCCCAAAGGAAUAUAAGGAGUCAGAUCUUUAGAACUGGUUUUCAAAGAGGAUUAGAAGAAUCAGAAACAGGUGUCUCAUGGCAGAUACACAAUUUUUUGCUACAAUUCAGGGACAAACCGGUAAAGAUGAUGUUCGCGCCUUGGGUUUCC